AUGCCUUUGGUUAUACGCCAAGACUCAUUCAAGGUGGUGUAUGGACAUAACAUCAUAUGUCAUAUAAAUCUCCAGGACCAAUGCUGGAAUAUGGGCUGCAAUGAUACCACUCUGAGGACAGUCCAGCAAGAGCGGUUGAGUACUUUGCUCAUGCAGGCUACAACAAACCACAAGGACACGGUUCACUACGUUGUCAACAUACACUCCAUGACAAAUGCAUUAUUCAUCCACAACCUCAUCUGCUCCAAUGGCAUGGUCAUCCCUCUCUUUUUCCCCAAGGCUUCUAGGGAGCAGGCUUGUCAUGCAGGAGUACUAUUUCUGCAGGCCCAAAAUGACAAGAAGAAUCAGAAGAAGGCUGAUGUGGCAGAGAAACUUCUUGCAUCUGAGACACCCCAAAACGCCUCAACUGGCCUUGGUAUAGCACAUACAAGAGGUUGUGGUAGAAAAACAAGAGGGAGACGUGGCAGACCCCCUGCUAACUCCCAUGCGCCUGGCACUUCACGUGAACCUGACCCACAGCCAGACCCAGCACCAGGAAUAGCCAUGCAGGGAGUAUUAAAUAAUGAGCAACUGGAUCAACUAGAGCCAGUUGCGUUAGAAGGCCAGCAGGUUGCAUUAGAAGGACAGCCAUUUGCACAUAAGUUUUUUCUUGAAUUUUCUUUUGGUUUUUGCAAACAAGCUUGA